UAGCUUGGCUCGCAAUGUUUGCAUAUGGCUAAGUGAAAUCUAGAUUGAAGCAUGCACCUCAAAUUAUGACUCGGUCCAAUUUUUGAUAAUUUUUGGAGGUCGAGACUUUCGUCGUUCACGGCACCUCGGCUUAUUUUACUUUGUUUUUUCAAUGAAGCUACAUUCAGGAACGUUGCAGCCCCAUUUUAAGACCUGGAUUUGAUGCACUGAAUAUGACAGCCCCGCUGAUCGUCCAAAUGAACUCUGAAGGAAAAUGGGAGAAUACAAGGCCUGCAAACAUGGACGAAGAACGUCUUAAACAAGUUAUUCAACAUUUAGUCAAGUCUGACGCAAUUUCUGCUGCUCAAAGCUAUUGCUGUCAAUGUGCUGCGGAAAACCAGUUACCAAAGACCAGUCCACAAUACAUACCUGUGGUUAUGAUGCCGAUAUAUUCUGCUGAUAAAUGCCCUUUUGACAUGGAUUGUGAAGUUGAAAAGAUUAAAGAAGCAGAGAAGAGUAAAACAAAGAAACCAAGCAAGAAGAACAAAUCAGAAGUUGAGGCAAAGGAAGAGAAAGAGAAGGAUAAAAUUAAGCGCACAAAAAAGCGUGGUUUUGUUAUGCAACGUCUUACAGACUUCGAUUUAUUAUCGCAAUGGUGAUACUAAA